AUGGAGACUCCACAAAGAGUACCAGGAGCAUAUUCUACUAAACAACCCUUUUAUUGUAGAUCUCAAACAGCAACAAUAAAUAGAAAACAGGUUCCUUUAUUUCAAGGAAACCUUGUACUUGAUUGUCCAAUACCAGCAAGACUAAUGGAAGCAAGUGCUAGGAAGGAAAAGGAAUUUAGUAUGAUGCGUUAUUCUGCCGUUACCUGUGACCCAGAUGAAUUUGUACAAAAUAAUUAUUCUCUUCAACCUCAAUUAAUGAAUCGUCAAACAGAACUCUUUAUAGUCAUGACUAUGUACAAUGAGAAUGAAGUUUUGUUUUGCCGUACAAUGCAUGGUGUAAUGAAAAAUGUUGCCCAUUUAUGUUCAAGGACAAGAUCAAAGGUUUGGGGUACAGAGGGCUGGAAGAAGGUAGUUGUAUGUAUUGUUGCAGAUGGACGUAAAAAAUGUGACCCUCGUGUUAUGGAUGUACUUACUGCUAUGGGUGUCUAUCAAAAAGGGGUUGCAAAGAAUAUUGUAAAUGGUAAACCAGUUCAAGCCCAUUUAUUUGAGUACACUACACAAGUUUCUGUGGAUUCUGAUUUGAAAAUAAGAGGGGCAGAGAAAGGAAUUGUUCCUGUUCAAAUAUUAUUUUGUCUCAAAGAAAAGAAUGCGAAAAAGAUCAAUUCACAUCGGUGGUUCUUUAAUGCAUUUGGACCCAUUUUGAAGCCCAACAUAUGUGUCUUGCUAGACGUUGGGACACGCCCAGGGAAUAGUAGCAUUUAUCAUCUGUGGAAGGCCUUUGAUAUGAAUGAAAACGUUGGAGGUGCCUGUGGAGAGAUUUGUGUGAUGAAAGGCACAGCCUGCAUUGAUUUGUUAUUAAACCCACUUGUAGCCGCUCAAAAUUUCGAAUACAAGAUGUCCAACAUUCUUGAUAAACCACUUGAGUCCGUCUUUGGCUAUAUAUCUGUUUUACCUGGUGCAUUCUCAGCUUAUCGUUAUGCAGCUUUACAAAAUGAUCCUAUAAAUGGUAUAGGCCCACUUCAAAAGUAUUUUCUUGGUGAAAGACACAAUAAUGAUAAUAAUAAUGAUGAUGAUUUAGAGAAUCAUAACAUCUUUACAGCCAAUAUGUAUUUAGCUGAAGAUCGUAUCCUAUGCUUUGAGUUGCUUGCUAAAAAGAAUCAAAAAUGGGUACUAAAAUAUGUACAAUCCGCCUUUGGUGAAACAGAUUGUCCUGAUCAAUUACCUGAAUUUAUCUCACAGAGACGUAGAUGGUUAAAUGGAAGUUUUUUUGCAGCUGUCUAUUCACAAUGGCAUUUUUCAAGGAUUUGGUCAACAAAUCAUUCGACUGGACGGAAAGUUAUGUUAUCUAUUGAAUUCUUUUAUAAUUUUAUCAGCCUUAUUUUCAAUUGGCUAGGAAUGGCUAAUUUUUAUCUUACAUUUUACUUUGUAACAAAAUCAUUAGCAGCACCAGAUAUAGAUCCCUUUGGAAAUGGUUGGGGCAAUCGUGUAUUUUUAUCAUUCAAAUAUAUUUAUAUAUUUCUAUUUAUUACUUCUUUUAUUUGUUCUAUGGGAAAUCGACCUCAGGGAUCAAAAUGGAUGUUUAUUAUUUCUGUCAUUGCUUAUGGUUGUAUUAUGGCCUACACAUCCUUUGCUGGUGGAUGGUUAGCUUUUAAAAGUUUCACACAUGGUAUAUCUUCUCCUUACUGGGAUCCGUCAAAUAGUCUAGGCAACUUUAGUCUUCUGUUAAGCCAGUCUGAAUUUCGAAAUGUUAUUAUCUCAUUAAUAGCAACGUAUGGAUUAUAUGUUUUAGUAAGCGUCAUGUAUUUUGAUCCAUGGCAUAUGGUAACAAGUUUCCCACAAUAUCUUUUCCUUUUACCCACUUACGUAAAUAUAUUGAAUGUAUAUGCAUUUUGCAAUAUCCAUGAUGUUAGUUGGGGUACAAAAGGUGAUAAUAUGGUACAGAUGGAUUUAGGGGCAACUGGUAAAGCAAUUACCAAUGAAAAAGGUAUAGAAGAAGUUGAGGUCGAAUUGGAAGAUAAUAUUGAUCAAGCGUAUAAUGAAGCUUUAGAAAGUUUAAUGACGAAACUUGAAUCUGUCAGAGAGAGUCGUGCACCUAAAAUUAAGCAAGAGGAUUAUUACAAGGGAUUUCGUACACGUUUAGUUCUUAGCUGGAUUGGUUGUAAUGCUCUUUUAGUUGCAUUUGUGACAAGUGGUAGCUUUCAAUCAUUGUUAUCAAGUCAUUAUCAAAAACAAACAGAUGAAUUUCAAGAUGCUAUUGGAACUGCGUAUACAGGAUUUAUAUUAUGGAUGGUGGCGGCUAUGGCAGCCUUUAGAUUUGUAGGUAGUCUAUUGUAUCUUGUAUUACGAUGCUUUCAUUCUUAAUAAACAAUUUAUAACACUCGUG